UCAAGCGGAAAUACUCCGUCUAAUGUAGAAGCGGAAACGGAAAGAACACAUUUUUAGAAUUUUUGAUGCACGGUUUAGAGCUCCUGAGUCCUGGUCCUGGUAACUUGGUAAGUGGAGAUCACUAUCAAACGUGUGUUUUACUGAUGAGUGCUGAUACGUAUAGGAAAAAAUGAAAUUUUUAGCUGGAGCAGUCUAACGAAGUCGUAACUGUGGAAAAAUUCUCAUCGAAUCAUAAUCUAGCGCAUCACAAUGCGGGAGCUGUACAAUGCCUUGCCCGACGACCGUCCCAUCACAACUCUGUGUGUGGUGGAGGACCUCAACAAAUGUCCUGCUAAUUUCACUGCAGUUUCACGAACACAUGACCAGGACAUAGACGCUGAUCUAUACAAGGAUGGUUUCUUCAAGCGUGUAACUCGCUACAUCUGCCACAGCAAAGUAGCUGGCUACUUAGGUUACGUUGUUGAAGAGAUUCAAGUAGUUCAUGACAAGGAGUCCUGCCCAUCAGGCUACACUCCUAUUUCUACUACAAUGGAUACAAAUCAAAAGGCAUUCAAAAAGAAAUUGAUAUGCUUCAAGGCUGUGCCAAAGAAUGUUGCCAAACAGGUGGUGACGGACAUUAUUGUGUUAAGCAGCAGCAAAAUAGCCCCUGAAGGCUUCACGCUGGCAGGGGAGAUGAACGGCCUGUGUCUCUGUUACAAGCGCACGACUGCUACUAGCCCUGGCUCUCCCCCCGGCAGCAGUGCUGCUAGUUUGCCCUACCAGGUUGGUCCCCAUGGGGAGGCUAGUGACAGAAGACCGUCCCAGGGCAGCGGCAGGCUGUACCCUGGCGUGGAGCGACCCUCACGACCUGCACCAGCUCCUCCUGUAGGGGGAGGGGGCGCUGCCGCCCCUCUACACAACCCCUACUCCUCCGGGGGGGCGGCGGCGGCUGAUACAUAUGAGGCUUCACAUUCAGCUUUAUACCAAGUGCCGUUUGUUCUGAACAAGAAAUAUACAAACACACACGGAGCGGUGAGAGAACCUACACCAUCUACACCAUACAAGUCUGCACAGCUGGUGGAGAGUGAGUAUUACUACAGCUUCUCGCUGGAGCAAGACGUCCUACCCAACUGA